GGAAAGGUGAAAAAAAAAAUUAACGCCACACAAUGCUUCGUUUGUGCGCAUGCUCACACAUUGAGGAAGAGCCAGGUCCAUAGCCUACUAAAGAUUUCUGCUCUUCAUAAAAGCAGCUCUUAGGAGCUCACCACCACCAGGAAAGCUGUAUAAGCAUUGGGUUGACGGGACCGAGGGAAGCAGCACGUCAUACCUGGAGCUGCCCGCCGACAUCGCCAUGAGUUAUAAACCUAUCGCUCCGGCACCUUCUGGCUCCAACCACACACCGCCAGGGUCUUCGGUUCCCUCGCCAUCGCUCCCGUCGUCGUCCAACUUCAGACCGGCUUUCAGUGACUUUGGCCCGCCCUCUAUGGGCUUUGUUCAGCCUGUCAAAGUGUCCCAAGGGUCCACCUACAGCGAGCUUCUGUCUGUCAUCGAGGAGAUGAGCCGUGAGAUCAGGCCUACAUAUGCUGGCAGCAAGAGCGCAAUGGAGAGGCUAAAGAGAGGUAUAAUCCACGCCCGCGCACUGGUCAGAGAGUGUCUUGCAGAAACCGAGAGAAGCGCCCGCACAUAACCCUUUUGGAAAAAGAAUCCCUUCCUGAGCCUUUCUUGUUAAAACCCACCUUCCUCAUGGUCAUUAUUGGAUACUUUACAACCAGUCCUCAGCCUCCCACAUUGAGCUUUAUUUGUGAGCGUUUACAGGUGCAACCUUUUCCAACGUUUGAUACAUUUCAUCAAAUUCAUUCUUUUGUAACAUUUUCUAGAACAUGUGCAAGCAAAAUAAUUUUUUUUUUUUUUAACCUACGGUAAGAAGACGAAUGCUCAUCAGGUCAACAUUUGGAUAAAUCUCCGGUAAAAUGCACUUGUUUAGUAACGGAGGUUAAAUUGGAAAGUCGGCUUUAAGGAAACGAUACAAUCAAAGUUCAAACGGCACCAAUCUGUUUAAUUUGAACGUCUCCAUUCUUCAGGUUUUGUCACGCAAGCUCACAUUUGAACUCUCAUUCCCGAGAACUCUUUGCAUCUCAAGUCAUUUUGUUAGCAAGGAAAUUUUGUAAAACAGAUUUUUGCUAUUCAGUAUGUAUAUCUUAAUUAAAUAAGAAGAAAAAGC